AUGCGGGAGACGGAUGUGAUACCCAAGGGAAUAGUUCAGAAACAGUUGUCUAACUUCGAGUCGCCUAAAAAUGAGUUUACCCCAUCUCCGUUCGUGCGGUCAGCUACCGUGCUAACCCCGACUAGGACAUCCCACAAGCGGCUGACGAUGUCGGAAUGUAAUUAUGAAUCGCAUUUAAUGACCAAGACCGGAGUGGCACCGAAUUGGGACCAGUUGUCUGCGGCCAGGCUCAGUCUCGGCCCUGGUCUGUUGCCGCGACUUAACAGCUCAGGGUUCAAGAGUCCAGGGUUCAAGAGUCCAGGGUUCAAGGGCCCAAGGCUCAAGUUGGAGGUCGAACUGGAUAACGCUACCGACCGAGUCGCGUCGGGCGGAUCGAGCUGUGCAGGGUUCCACACAACACGGACCAUCAUCUCUUACGAAGACGACACCGCCCAUGCUCGCUACCGUACGGCGGUGUUCGAACGGGACCCGAGUCUCAACCGAGGUGCCUACUCAGCCCGAGAUACCUACCCUUCUCGAGAAAACACCUGGCCCGAGAAGCCGGGACUUCUCGCGCGAGAACCUCAUCGCAGUGCUCGCAUCGGCGCUGCCGCGAUCAGCAUCUCAACUGGCCAACCGGUCAGCCGACAGUCUUGCGGAAAUCCGUCGUUGCUCACACUACCACGGACUGGAUCGGACGACUUGCACAACGGAAUCCGGCAGGACGAAUUGAAGUAUAGUUUGCGGGCGGAGGUUCAAAAGGAAUUGCAGCACCAAGUACAGCAUGAAGCGCAGCACGAAGUGCAGAACACGAGAGGAGCGGUCCAGAGCGAAGACUCUGACGUACCCCCAGUCCCGCAACUAGUGCGCAGGGCCACGCUAGGGGUCCAUGAUCGCUUUCGAACUUGCGGCAUUUCAGUCGUCGCCACGUCUCUUCGCGGUUUGGUUCCCGCACCGCGACAAAGCACUGUUUCUAAAGGAGAGUCCUCCCACCACACAAGUGCUGCUCCCCACCGCCCUGGUGCCGUUCCGGACCAACCCGAUGCCGUUCCCGACCACUCGGGUGCCGUUCCUGACCAAGCCGGUGCUGUUCCUGACCACUCUGCUGACGUUCCUGUCCAACCCGAUGCCGUUCCUGAAGACCGUGGUGCCGUUCCCGACCACUCUGCUGACGUUCCUGUCCAACCCGAUGCCGUUCCUGACCAUUCUGGUGCCGUUCCUGAGCAGCCCGGUGCCGUUCCUGAGGAACCCGGUGCCGUUCCUGAGCAACCCGGUGCCGUUCGCCAUGAGCUUGGUCUAGAGAAAAGGUUUCUUGGAAAUGCCCCCGAUAAUGUUGUCCCCCAAGACCUCCGCAUUGUCGAUUACAAGACCGCCGAUAACGUUGUUGCCCAAGACAUCUGCGUUGCAGGUUGCAAGGAGUCCGGAGUUAGUGUCCGUAAGUCGUCAAGGCCCGGUGGUGGGUUGAAUGAAAAGAAUGUGUUGAGUGAGAUGGAGCCGACGAGUGAGUCACAUCCGGACAGUGAGAAGGGCAAGGUUCUAGACCUCGGAGACGAUAGGGUAUCAUGGUCGUCCCGAAGCACUUGUUGCCCUCAGACCUUGAGAAUGAUGCUCAGCACACCGACCCAUAAAAAUUACAAUGAACCUCUGGAUAGACAGCCGAAAGAAGACCCCGAGCAGUUUUUCCUCACCCGUCGUCUUCACAAAACUUCCGCGAUAAUUGAAAGGCAGCCACGGGAGCAAUGGGCAGUGCCUGGCUGCCUGGUGCCUGGCUGGCUGGUUGCUGCUCUGGUCGGGUUCCUCGUUACUACCGUCCUCCGUUGGUUCCAGUGA